AUGUGGAGUCGCACGUCCAAUGCUCUUCUCGACAGGAGCACCAAUGCCCAAAUCAUGUGGACGGAACGUGUGCGCAAAGAGCGCCGAAGAUUGGGUCUGGAAAAGCCGGGUGGUCCCACCACAGCCGACCUUUUAUUGGGCGUGAGUAGAGUGGCUGCGAAGGAACCUGCCAACUCGCGCAGAGCCGCCCAAAGGAAGGCACUUCCUCGUCCUCCGGAACUCUUUGAGAAAGCUUUUGUGGAUCUGCAUCAUAGGCGGAUUCCGGAGCUUCAUCGAGCAGUACUGAUGGAAUGGCGCAACAAGCGUGUCGCAAGUCGAAGUUCUUCUUUGCCCAGCUUGGCAAAGUUACACGGUGAGACGUUUGAGCCGUACCACAGAUACCAAAUCGAAGAGCCACGGUUGGCAAGGCUGGAGAGGAUUUUCCAACACGGUUGA